AUGGACGAUCAUGAGAAGCCCAGCGAGCAUGAAACGAUCGAGAAUGUGAAAUCAGAGCAGUUUACCGGUGUGACCGACCGCGCUGCAGAGAAGCGACUUCUUUGGAAACUGGAUAUCCAUGUUGUCCCAAUUUUGAUGUUUCUCUUUCUUCUCGCGUUCCUCGAUCGAAUCAACAUUGGCAACGCCCGUCUGCAAGGAUUGGAGAAGGAUCUGAAUAUGAAAGACCAUGAUUACAACAUUGCAUUAUUCAUUUUUUUUAUUCCAUAUAUUCUUCUGGAGGUUCCAAGUAACCUCAUCCUCAAGAAAGUGUCUCCGUCGUGGUGGAUCAGUGGAAUCAUGUUUAUAUGGGGGAUUAUCACGAUCUGUCAAGGAGUAACGCAGAGUUUUGGGGGGUUGGUAGCUUGUCGUUUCUUGCUCGGGGUCUUUGAAGCUGGGUUCAUGCCUGGGUGUAUCUACGUGAUUGCAAUGUACUACAAGCGCUACGAACUCCAGUGGCGUUUGAACGUGUUCUUCAGUGCAAGCAUUUUGGCGGGCGCAGUCAGCGGACUACUCGCCUAUGCCAUCGCGAAAAUGGAUGGUAUCGCUGGUUACAGUGGUUGGCGUUGGAUCUUCAUCAUCGAGGGUCUCAUCACUGUCGUGACAGCAGCCAUUUCCAAGUUUUUGAUUGUGGAUUGGCCGGAAACCUCUAGCUUCCUGAAUGACGAAGAACGGGCGCUCCUUCUUUCUCGUCUCGAGGAAGACCGAGGGGAAGCUCGGAUGGACCGGCUCGAUGGUCCUGCCAGGCGGCGUGUCCUCCGUGAUAUCAAGAUCUACCUUGGUCCACUGAUGUACUUUGGCAUUGUGAAUACCGGCUAUGCCACAUCCUUCUUUACCCCGACGAUUCUAAAGCAGCUUGGUUGGACAUCUGUGCGAGCACAAGUCAUGAGCAUCCCGAUCUACCUUGUUGCGACGGUCAUUGCACUCACCACUGCGUUUGUCAGUGACAGGCUCCGACACCGUUUCGCAUUUACAUUGACCGGCUGCGUCAUUGCGACUGUCGGAUAUGUGAUACUGCUCUGCCAGAAAUCUGUCCCGGUCGGUGCCCGCUAUUUCGCGCUGUAUGCGAUCACUGGCGGAGGAUAUAUGACGCAGCCCAUUCUCAUGGGUUGGCUCAGCAACAAUAUGGCGGGACAUUAUAAGCAGUCCAUUGCGUCUGCCAUGCAGAUAGGGUUCGGUAACUGUGGUGGGCUGGUUGCUAGCAAUAUUUUCUUUGAUUCUGAAGCGCCAACGUAUUCGACCGGUUUUGGUGUCAGUCUGGGGAUGGUCUGGAUCUGCGGUAUUGCAUGUGUAGUCUUCUUCAGCUGGUUGGCCCAUGAGAAUCGAGUGCGAAACCAGGGCAAGAGAGACGACCGGUUUGGUUUACCAUCGGAUGAACUGAGCAAUCUUGGAGACGACCAUCCGAGCUUCAGAUUUACGUAUUAG